UCACAUCGCUCACGCCGCUUGUCCUCGUCGGCGCCUCUCGCUCUCGAGAUCCUGUCGGGGGAGAGAGAGUUAAGAUUUUAUUUUUAUCUAAGGUAGAGAGACGUUUUGGGGGACUUCUUGUCUCCUUCUCUCUCCUUCUCCUCGUCUUCGCUGACUAGAUUUUGACGAAGAAGAAGUUUUUGGAGGUUGACGGCGCGAUCUUGGGGACUUCUCCUUGUCUCCUCCUCUUCUUUCCCGCCUUUCGUUCGUUCAUUGUUUGUUCCGUUGCCGGUUAUUCCGUGUCUCGAGAGGACUGAACUAAAAGUCUCGUGGAAGGAAGGAACGAUAUCAAAAGUUUUUUUUUUUUUAUUUAAUCUCUUAAUUUUCUUUUGCUUGUUUUUAUUUAUUUGUUAUUAUUAUUAUUAUUAUUCAAUUUGAAAGGAAGAAAAGCUGAGAGAAAAAAAACAAAGCAAAAAAACUCGGGGAUGAAAGGAGAAGGAAAAAGGAAAAAGGAAAAAGGAAACUGAAAGGGUGAACUUUUGAACUUUCUCAUUUUCUUCAAUUGCUUCCAUCUCUUCGCAAAACAAAGUCGUCAACUUCACCUCCAUCUAAGUCCUUGAUGCCUUUAUGCACGUGAAGAUUAGGGGAGAUGGCAAAGACAAAAUAACUAGCAAGAAAUGAGUUGGAAACUGGAGAGCGAGAGAAGAGAGACUGCGAAAGCAUCCCCCUGCUAGAUGCCUUUGAUCGGGAGAGGAACGACCAGACGACAGUGACCUUACUUAUUUGAAGGAUUUUAAAAUUCAUUAGAUCAUUUUUUCUUUAUUCUCUCUUGUCGCGAACGUUCCUCGCAUUCCUCGGCUGCUGAAAGACAAUCCGGACCAAACUCUAGAAUCUUUCCGGGGUCAAAAAAAGGAUCUAAUAAGCUGAGAAAACUCUGAAUUAGAGGGCGUAUGAUGAGUCAGUAGACGGAAGAGGAACCAUGGUCACCACCGCGGAUUUGAGUGUUCUCACGACCAUCACGACGCUAAGGUCUCUCAAAGGGGAUGAGGGUCGUGCGCAAGAAGGGCGUGUGACUGCCGGAAACUGGUCGUGGGUCGUGUCCAAAGUGGGUACUGUUAGUGAAAGUCCCGACGCCGUUAGCACCUCUCCUUGGACGUUGGAUGUUCUUAGCGAUGUCAUGGGAAUCGGGGAUGAAGGAGGUGGAGGAGGAGGUGGAGUAAGAAUAGAAGGAGGAGGAGGAUUGACGCCCACGGCAAUGUUGGAUCACGAUCUCUUCUCCCCGGCGAGAGAGGGCUCCGACGCCCCUCUCAAUACAGGAGGAGGUCUUUCCGAAAUCUUCUUCUCCUUCGAUUCCAACGACUUGCCCUUCAAGCCCCUCAACCGGACCUCCUCGAACGACCUCGCGGCCUCCCUCGACGACGACUACAGCCUCCUCGACUUCCCUUCCUCCUCCUUCUCCUACUCCCCCGGCAAUGCCUCGUUCGGCAACGCCUCCUUCGGCAAUGGAACCUUCGGGGGCGACACCAAUAGCACGAUCGACGACUUUCCUCCCGAACUCAUCUACCGCCACACCUUCGGCGUCGGGACGAUCCUCUGCCUCAGCUACGUCCUUGUCUUCAUCCUCGGCCUCGUCGGGAACUGCUUCGUCAUCGCUGUCGUCUUCAGGACUCCACGCAUGCGCACAGUCACCAAUUUCUUCAUCGUGAACUUGGCUGUCGCGGAUGUUCUCGUGAUCGUCUUUUGUCUUCCGGCGACUCUCCUCUCCAAUAUCUACAACCCCUGGAUGUUGGGAUGGAUCAUGUGCAAGUUCGUCGCUUACGUCCAGGCUGUGUCCGUUUCCGCUUCUGUGAACUCUCUCGUCGCCGUCUCCUUGGACAGGUUCUUGGCAAUCUGGUUCCCUCUGAGACUACAGAUAACGACCCCCCGAGCCCGUGCUAUCAUCGUCCUUAUUUGGAUCAUGGCGGUGUGUUCUGCGGUCCCUUACUUCGUGUACUUCGAGAUGCAACAGGUUUAUGACGACCUCCCCGACCUGAAGGUGUGCGUGGAGGUAUGGCCCAACCGCCGCGCCGAGAGGCUCUACUUCCUCAUCGCCCACCUGCUCUUCUGCUACCUGCUGCCGCUCGCCCUCAUCUCCUUCUUCUACAUCAUGAUUUGGUUCAGGGUGGCCCAUCGCAACAUCCCGGGGGACACUCGCGACGCCGCCAUCCAGGAGAUGCAACAGCGGAGCAAAGUGAAGGUGAUCAAGAUGCUGGUAGUCGUCGUCAUCAUCUUCAUGUUGUCUUGGCUGCCUCUGUACACCAUCUUCGCCAGAAUAAAGCUGGGCCAGGACUUGGACGAGGACGAGCGGGCGGUGCUGGCCAUCAUGGCGCCCGUCUCGCAGUGGCUCGGCUCGUCCAACUCGUGCAUCAACCCCAUCCUGUACGCCUUCUUCAACAAGAAGUACCGCAACGGCUUCCUGGCCAUCAUGAAGAGCCGCUCGUGCUGCGGGACGCUGCGCUACGACACGUACUCGCAGUCGACCAUGCGGCGCUCGUGCUACCCGACGUACCGCUCCACCAUCCGGCCGGAGGCGGGCGGCACCGUCGAGCUGGCCCGCAACACCCACCGCGCCGGCGCCGGCUUUGUGUACACGCUGGAGGGCCGCACCAACCCGCCGCAGCCGCCGCGCUCCAGGUACCCGGCCCGCCCGCGCUCUCUCGCCAACGGCUUCUCCGCCGCCAUCAGCCUCGCCGACUCCUUCGCCAGCGCCACCGAGACAUCCAUUGUGCAGGACAGCUCUCGCUCCUCCAUCAUGGGCAGCAUCGAGGUGGUGGAGGUCGACGAGGACGCACUCAAGCGGGCUAAGCUGGACGCGGUCGACUAGGACGGAGGAAAGCGAGGAGGAGGCGAAAGGGGUGACGCUCCUGCAGGAAGCCGCAUCUCUUGCGUAUCACUGAGCAGACUGCAGCGCCCUCGGGAGAGCUAGAAGACCCUCCGCGCUGAAGGCUCUCCAGGGAAGUUGGUUGUCGCAGCGCAAGUUAAGAACUCGUAACAUAUGAAGCUAUCUUCAUAAGACAAUAAUGUUGUGCUCCUAUGCGCUAUUCUCAUGAUAGAUGCAAUCAGUUCAUCUGCUUAUUAAACGACUAUCAACUAAGAUUUUACUCAUGACUGUAAGGGAGAAAAUGA